AAUCGCUUGCUUUCUAGAAAGCACCAAUACCAUUGACCUCCUUGACAUACUUUUGUCUCCCAUCUCCUAGAAUCACCCUUCAUUCCAUCUUCCAUUCUUAAAACUUCAUCAAUUCUCCAAAUAGAACUCGUCUUUGCGUCUUUGCAUCGCCAAUAUUGUUUUUUUAAUACGUUAUCCAUUCACUUGGAUAAUCAUCAUCAUCGAGCCCGUCCAUCCAUCAAUAAGCUUCUUCACGGUACAAGGCCACCUAAACGGACAGUGUACGGUCUGUCGAAAUCGGUCCAGUAAUUUCCAUUAGCACUUUGAACUUUCCCGUCCACGAGCAUACUAUCCUCUAUCAUGGCGUUUGAGCGAACCCGAGACCUCCGAGGAUCUGCCCAGGACUCGAAGCGGUUCAAGGACCACGUUUCAAAGUGGCGGAUAGGACCCUGGAUUGACAGCGACAUCGUCGUAGACAACCCCGUUACAGGGCAAUUUCAUUAUGUAGGAUAUGAAGGUAGUGGCGGGAAGAUUCGGCCUACUAUGCCAACAAGUCAUACGCGCCGUUGGCAUGAGCAGAAUGUCGUGAAGCCAAGAGAAAGUCGAUUCGAGUCUCGAACGAGCGCUUGGUGUGCCAAGAUAGAUGCGCGAGCAGAGCUCAAUGAUCCAAAUAACAUCUCACGAUCCCUUCAAGACCUCCUUGGACCAUCCCCGCGGCGGAAUCUUAGCAUAUCCGAUAACAUCCUAUACAGCUUUGAUAGAAGCGAGAGCCCCUAUAAACCCUUGACUUUAGACGUAUUCGUGAAGGCCAAUCCGAAGGAGACGGAGAAGUUCGUAGAGAAGGAAUACGAGAUCUUAGACAACAACGGCGACGCUCUGAAGGGUCGAAAGGCUCGGCAGAAUCUCCGUCGCAAGAAUCGUGCGGCUUCAGCGGAGGACGUUGACAUCGUCGAGGAUGAAGGCUUCGAACUCGUUUAAUGAUUAUAUCGACUCCUUCGGGUAUCGCAUA